CCGCAAUCAACACACCAAAACGCCCGCGCAAAACCAUAACCAGCCCUCCCUCCAACAGCUGCAGCCACGUGAGAUUUUUGCCACGUCCGUGACGCCUCUUUAUUUCUCCCUCGAGGAAAACAUGUUCCGGACCACGGCCCAGAUUCGGCACGUCUCAGCCAUCCCCGCCGGCAUCCCACCGUCCAAGGGUGUCGAGAUGCUGCACGACCACGAAUUCUUCAUCAAGUGCGAUCCUCACAUGAUCAAGUUCGAGGCUCUGCAGACGCCUCAGGAUCCGGCUCCUGCGCCUCCUCCCGGGGGCCAGCCCGUCGUCGCCUCGCCCAAGUGCUACUCAAUCACAGACAGAGUGCAUGCCCUGCCGGCGGGCCUCUGGGACUCCGACGUUGUCAGCAAUGCAGAGUUCUUUAACCUUGAGAGCGGGGUCUUCAUCCGCAUGAGAGGUCCGAUGGGCAUGGUGCUGGAGACGGUGUGGCAGAUCGAGGAGGCAGAGGAUGGGAGGUGCGAGAUCGUCGAGGAUGUCGUCAUUGCGUGUUCUAGAUUGCUUGUGGGUGUGGUCAAAGGUUCGUGCGAAGAUGGGUGGAAAGGGGUGCAUGGCAAGAUGGUCGAGAGGCUAAAGGGAUCUUCGUGACAGAAGUAAGCUUAUCCAGACAGAGUGUGUGGUGUGGUAGAAGGCUUCACAGGACUUUUUAGAGGAAGACUUGGUAUAUAGAAAUUGCUUAGAUUAAAGACUAGAUCUUGAGUAUGAUAUGAUCCAAGAGAACAGAAUGUUGGGUAUCUAGGUAUGUAUGGACAGACAUUCUCGGUCUAUAUACGGCAUGUCUCGUUACCCUCAAUCAGAUAAUGAAUGGGGUCUGAGCGAGUCACAAAGGCCUGCCCUAGAAACUCCUUAUGACAUGCUUCUCCCCGC